AUGGACACUCCAUCAUCGUAUGCGGCCAAAUCGCCGUUGUUUUUAUCAGAAUUUCUGUCCUACUUCUCGAGACCCAGUGGGAACAACUAUGUCUUCGUUGCCUCGUUUGCUCUAUUGGUACUACUUGCCGUGUUCUUCGCGACGCGUGUCUGGGGCCGGUUCCACCCCAGCGUACCCUUCGCUCUCGAGGACGAGUUCCCCAGUCGGAAAAAAAGGGUGCAGCAAUAUGUGCGGAAUUCUCGAGAAGUUCUGGUCAAAGGAUAUUCAAAGUUCAAAGACCAAAUCUUUGCCAUUGAUACCCCAUUAGGCUGCAAUAUUAUUCUCCCCAUUCGAUUCAUGGAUGAACUGAAAAGCAAUCCCAACCUCAGCUUCAGCGCCGCCUUAAACGAGUUCACUCUUGAACGGUACACCAAAGUUGGUGCCCUCCCAGCCUGGUCAAUCAGACUAUUCUCGGCAAAGUUUAAUCCAGCCUUGGAUUCCUACGCCGAAAUAUUCCAGAACAUGGUUGGCGAACACAUUGCGAAUCUGUCACCUCCGGGUCACGAAAGAGAUUGGGCCUCCAUAAAUGUGUGGUCAUCCAUCAUUCCCCUCAUAACAAAAUCAAACGUGCGAGGCUUUCUCGGUUCCGAUGCCGCCGAGGAUGAGGUCUUUCUUGAUGUUGCAGGCACAUUCAUCAUCAACCAAAUUGUCUACUCAAUAGGUGCAAAGCAGUGGCCGUCGUUCCUCUUGCCAAUCGUACACAAGUACCUCCCUGGUUUCCCAGGUCUCGCUGAACAGUAUAGCAACGGCGCAAAGGUGGUCUUGAGGCAGAUGAAAAACAAGAAGGCCAAUGGCCUUAAACCUCUGUCCGAUCCUCCCAGCGUUUUCGAUUUCGUCAAUGACGACGGUCAGUAUCUGGACGAUUUGCAACUUCAAAUGAAUAUCCAAAUGCCCCUGUGUGCUGCAAGCAUCCACACUACAACAUCAACAGUCGUUCAGUGUCUUUACGACCUGGCCAGUCGCCCAGAAUAUCUGCCAGCUCUCCGCCAGGAAAUACAAGAGGUCACAGACGAGCAUGGAGAUUUACUCACAAGACGCUUAGCUUCCAAACUGGAAAAGAUGGACAGCUUUAUCAAGGAAGUACAGCGGUUUUGCUCUCCUGACUUGACGACAUUCCAGCGCAAAGCCACCGGCCCGGUCACUCUGUCUAACGGUUUUCACCUCCCAAAGGGUGCAAGAAUUGAGGUUGCCACUGGUGCCAUCAAUGCUGAUGCCGCGCUCUACGACAAUCCCUCCGAGUUUGACGGCUUGCGAUUCUACAAGAAACGACAAACAGAGGAAGCCCGUUCAAAGUAUCAAGUCUUAAGUGUAAGCAAAGAGGAUUUGGCUUGGGGCUAUGGGCGAGCCGCAUGCCCUGGGAGGUUCCUCGCCGACAUGCUGAUCAAGAUGAUCCUCGUGGAGGUCUUGAAGCGAUACGAUAUCAAGAUGCCCGACGGCCAGGGCAGGUAUGAGAACAUGGAGGUUCAAGGCCAGGUGAGAUGA